CCUCCAACGACCUCUUUCUCCUCAGUCGCCCGGCAUCCGAUCGCUGGGACAGAUUUCACCAUCAUGCAGUUCGCUUUACCUCCGCGGAGGGCCCCGAUAACUCCUGUGUACGGACGAUCCUCGCGAUUCUCGUUACAGCGCAGGAAACAGCUCAAAGCCGUCGCCAUCUUAGCCGUUGCGCUCCUCACCAUAUUCUUCCUUCUCUCUCAACUCUUCUACACAAGCACUGGAACCACGGCAGUAUCCGCUGGCACCUCCGGUGUUGUCAUUGUCACGGUGUUAGACCGCGUGAGGUUCAGCGACGAGUACAUCCAGAAGAUCGUAAAGAACCGAGAAGACUACGCGAAGCGUCAUGGAUAUACGAAUUUCUUCGCCAACACAUCCGACUACGAGUCCUCGAUCGGCGACUCGCCGCAAAGCUGGGCGAUCAUCCCGGCCGUCCGGCAUGCGAUGGCCUCCCACCCUUACUCGCAGUACUUCUUCCACCUCGAUGCGCACGCCCUGAUCAUGAACCCGAGCAAAUCGCUCGCGUCGCACAUCCUCGACAAAAAGCGACUCGAGUCGCUCAUGCUCAAGGAGGUCUCCGUCGUGCCGCCCGACAGCAUCAUCAAGACCUUCUCGCAUGUCCACCCCGAGGACGUCGACCUGAUCAUCACCACCGACAACGAGGAUAUGAGCCCUGGGAGUUUUGUGCUCCGCCAAGGGGAAUUCGCCAAGUUCUUCCUCGACUUAUGGUUUGAUCCAUUGUAUCGGAGUCAUAACUUCGCGAAGGCGGAGACACAUGUGUUGGAUCACAUCAUCCAAUGGCAUCCGACCAUUCUCGCCCGUUUGGCGCUCCUUCCUCAGCGAACCAUUAAUGCCUACAGCAAGGAUUGCACGGCGGCGGCGGCGAACGGUGUAUACAAGGACGGUGAUUUUGUCAUCCGAUUCCUUGGCUGUGACACCGAUACGAGGCGGAGCUGUGAGAGGGAGGUGGAGCCGUACUAUCGCCUUUGGCAGACCAAGUUGAAGACCGAGUGACGGGUUGCCAACUGGGGGUUUGCUUUCACUAGCUGGGUUCCGGAGUUGUGUAACUGUGGGCUGGGGAUGGGCGCGAACCCGUGUUCCUUGCUUCUAUUUUAUCUUUCCGGUGUUUCUGCGGCGUUUGUUAAGGAUGUCCCACAUAGAGCGAGCGGGUGUAUUAUUAUAGGCUGGACUGGAACUACUUCUUUUCUUCGUGUUGUAUUGUUUGCUCAU